CUUCGUGGCUUUAAAAACAUGGCGAACGACGCAGUGGAGCUUCAGAAGGCGCAGAACCAUCUCAGUCUUUUGCGGCAAGAGUAUGUCAAGCUUCAAAACAAAUACGUGGAGCUGGAACAGAAAUACAACCUGCUCGUUGUGCAAAGUGGUGGAGGAGAAUUUGAGAAGGAAAGCUUUGUUGCCAGGCUGCUGAACAGUGUUGCUGAACUGUAUGACAAAGAGUUAUACAGUGACAUUACUGUCAAGUUUGCUGGACAAAUGCUAAGUGCACACAAAUUCAUCAUGGCAGCCCGAAGUGACUUCUGGAGCAGCCGAGAUCUGAAUGAACUUAGUGAACUAGAGCUGACAGAUAUAAGUGCUGAAGUUGGCCUUGCAUUGAUGAGAUGGGUUUACACGGACAAGGUAGCAAUAAAAAGCGAAGAAAACUUUUUGGUUGAUCUUGUGAAAGCAGCAAACCGUUAUAAACUGGCAGAACUGAGAGGAAGGUGCGAGAGGAUGUUGAUGUCUUCAGUUUCUGUCUCAAACUGCAUCAAGUUCUACCAAACUGCUGAGGACAUUGGUGCAGAGGGGUUGAGAAAAUAUUGUGAGGAAAUUAUCACAAGUCACUGGUCAGAUUUAAAAACUGAAGACUUUGCCAACAUGUCUGCCUCGUUGCUCUACCAAAUGUUCAAAAGCAAGUCAUCAUUUCCUCUCCAUCUUGCCAUCAAACAUCACCGAGAAGAUGUUGUGUUUCUUUUUCUCAUAGAGUUUAAUUCGCAGCUACCAAAGAAACUUGAUGAAUUUGAUCCAUCCAUGGGAGGUGUUCCCCUGGACAUUGCUCUGGUGGAACAACAAGAAAGCAUAGCAAAACAGCUCAUCAUGAACGGCUGUGAUGUGGACGUACCUGACUCUGAAGGAUCCUGUUUACUUCACAAGGCCAUUGAAAGAGGAGACGAGUUUGCUUCCACUUUCCUCAUAAAGAAUGGUGCGAAGGUGAAUGCUGUCACAACAGAACAGAUUUCACCGUUGCAUUUGGCUGCAUCUUAUAAAGCGUGGUCAGCAAUGCACGAAAAAGCAGCAAAUUCAGCCAACAGAACGUCUGCUGAAGGAAUGUGUAGAGUCGCUCAACUUUUGCUAUCCUCCUCAGCUGAUGUGAAUUUACAAGACAGUAAUGGGUGCACUCCACUUCAUCAAUCUAUUCUGUCACAGAAUGAUCAAGUUUUCAAUAUCUUGCUUAAACAAUCAAAAAUUGAUCUUGAGUUGAAAGAUAACAGAGGUCGGACGCCAUUAUGGCUGGCUUUGACGGUUCCUGAUGAUAAAAUCAAUCCGGACGACGAAGAUUCUGUCCCAGCGAGAUUGUCCCAGGCUGGGGCUUCACCUGAUUCUCUCGACAUUUCAUCAGGGGAUUCUUUGUUGCAUUUGGCCGCGGCCCAAUCUCGUCAAAACGCGGGCCUUUUUCUUGCCAGUCAUGGAGCGGAACCAAACGUUACAAAUAAACUUGGUGAGACGCCAUUACACUCGGCUUGUAGAAGUGGCUUAAUCAAUUUAGUGUCGAAGUUAUUACACUGUGGUGCUAAUCCUAAUAUCCAGACAAGUGAAACGGAGGAACUUAAAAAGAAGUCAGUGGAGAGACGGAGAGUGCGCUUGGAGACUAGGGCAGAGGCAAGACGGAAAGCUGUCGCCAUAGCAAAAGAAAUUGAAAAUCAAAAACUACAGGCCGCCCAAGCUGCUGAAGAAAUAGAAAAGCGAAAAAAGCGAGGGUCAAGUGCCACUGCUUCGGAGUCUAGAUCAGAGUAUAAUCCUAAUGAUUCGUUUGAAGCAGAUCUAGGAAUAAACAACCCAUUCGUGGAACCUGAUAAACGACCAGAAAGCCCAUCAGAUGUGAAUAAUCCAUUCUUGGAUGAUCUUCGGGCGGCUGCGGCAGCCUCGGCUGUUGCCAGGGGAGACAGCAAUCCAUUUGAUUCGCCACCUCUGGUCGAACAGAAGAACAAAGAACAUUCCGAGAAGGGCCUCGCGGAAAUCCUGAAACCUCGCGACGAAUUCUCUGAAGCGGAGAUCGAGGAGUUGAUAUUGGAACAUAAUUUAUACGACGAGAGUUUGAACGGUCUUGUGGUUGAUUGUUCCGGGAAAACGCCAUUGCAUUAUUCCAUUAUUGAAAAACAUGAAAACGUCAUCAACUGCUUCAAAGAAUACGACGACAUGGUGAGCAGCGGUGGCCGUCUCAAUCUCGCCCCGGACUUCGACAUCUGCGACAGCGAGGAGCAGUCAGCGUUAGAGCAUGCGCUGUUGACAGCGCAAUAUCGUUUGGCCGAGACCAUCCUAGACGCUGGCGCGAGUAUCGAUCUCCGGGAUUCCGAAGGCUGCAGUCUGAUGUUAAAAACGAUAAAACGUAAAGAUGUGCCGAGUGCGUUGUUUUUGAUCGAGCAUGGCGCUGAUAUCAAUGUGAGGAGCAAGGAAAACAAGUCCGCAUUGCAACUGGCUAUCAGCUAUCGUCUUCAACCGGUGGUGGAUUCAUUGUGUAAAAAUGGCGCUGAUCCGAACGUCAAUGACGAGUAUGGAAACUGUCCACUCUGGGCAGCCAUGAAGAGCAAACAAUUUGGAAUCGCCGAGACUUUGGUCAGUUAUAAUUGUGAUACGAACGUCUGGCACAAGGGACCGAACAAUUGUACCCAGUCUCUGUUGCAUCGCGCGAUUCACGAGAAGGACGAGGAUGCGGGCUGCUUCCUGAUUAGGUGUAGAUGUGAUGUUAACAGUCCUCGUCGCCCCUCGGCCGAUGGUACUGGUGGAGUAGAGGCCUGGGAUGGAUUAACUCCACUUCAUUUAGCUUGUAUCGCCGGCUUAGAUAAGAUCGUUCAAUUCCUUGUGCAAGAAAAUGCUCAAGUUAAUAGCCAGGAUUCCGAGGGUCGUGGUCCAAUUCAUGUUUCAAUAUUCAGUGGUCAUUCAAUCCCUACACAACUGCUAUUGAGUCAUCCUGAACUAAAUCUCACACUGGAAGAUCGCACUGGUCAAACGCCAUUUGCUGUUGCCUUGGAUACGAAAGAUCAUAAGUCAGCCGAAGCCAUUCUCUCUAGGGAACCAAACGCUGCUGAAAGGUAUGACAAGAAAGGCCGAAAUUAUCUUCAUCGGGCUAUUCUAAGUGGUGACGUUGAAACAGUGUUGUUCUUGAUAAGCGUCAAUGCAAACAUUCAUACUCCUGUCCAGGACUCCAGUCGUACCACUCCGUUACAUCUCGCAGUCCAGGCUGGUUCAGAGAUCAUUGUCAGACAUCUGAUCCUAGCAAAUGCCAACGUCAACGCUGUGGACAAACACAAGAGAACUCCUCUGCAUAUCGCUGCUGACAACGAUCGUGCAAAUAUUUUAGCAAUAUUAAUACAAAAUGGCGUUAACGUCAACGAGGUCGACAGCAAAAACAACAAUGCUCUGCACUUGGCUGUACAACAAGGUCACAUUAACUCGGUCAGGGUGCUGUUAACAGAGUCAUCGGUAGAUAUCAGUGCCGUAAAUGACAGGGGCCAGAACGCUCUUCAUACUUUAGCUCAAUAUGGCAGGGACAACGCCGGGUCCAUCUUUGAAAUAAUCCGUCAAAAUUCACCCGACUUUCCUCUAAAUUCUGUGGACGCAGACGAGAACACAGCUCUUCUGCUGGCUUAUCUUAAUGGAAAUGGCAGAUUGUGUCGUGAACUGCUGAAGAAUGGAAGCUCUCUUGGUGCUAUUAACAAAAAUGGAAUUUCAAUUUUCAACGCCGAAGUCGCUUCGAAGAAACUUUUAUUUUCUCUAUUAGAUUUAUUAAACUCUGAGCCACCAUGGUCGGAUGGUAAUUUUUGCCAUGAAUGUUCAGUUAAAUUCUCUGUUACAAACAGAAAACAUCAUUGUCGUCAUUGUGGUCGCUUACUCUGUGCUAAAUGCUCCAGUAAACAAAUACCGAUUCUUAAAUACGAACAAACUAAACCAGUCCGAGUUUGUGAGGUUUGUCAUGAUAUGCUAAAUAACGUUGGAACUAGCUUCUAUUAAACCAUGUAUUUAUUCA